AAAAGAAAUAUAAGUUGGAACCAACUCAAGUCACAGUCGUUUCAAACAAAAAAAUUUAUUGAACUACAUACACACUCACCCGAAAAAAACAAGGUACAUUAGUUUAACUGGGCUAAGUUUAAGUUUGCUAUGUAGUGACCAUGAAAUUGCCACCAUUUAUUUAUAUAACAAUUUCAUACCUCCUUAAAUUAUAAUUAAAAAAGCUCAUAAAAUUUAAUGAAUCCUUUGUUAUUUAAUACUUUAAUUUUUGUUUGCUUAUAUUUAUCAUACAGAUUAAUAUUUUCAUCAUCAGAUAAUCAUAUAGUAAUGGCUAAAAACACUUCAAGUAGCAGUGAACAAUCACUCUUUAAUAAAUUUACACCAGAAGAAUUGGAGAAUUUAGAUCCAGAUAAACUUUUAGUUGAUAUGCAUGGGAAAAGAGUUCCAUUUAGUAAGAUUUCCAAACCCCACCAUGUUGUUUUAGAUCCUGCUCGUUUUAAACCUCAGGUUAAUGCUGAAACAUUUCCUGAUAUUGAGCCUGCUGCUAAAGAGAGAGAGGCACAAUUGGCAGCUGCUAGAGAAGCUAAACAAGCUGCUAAAGAUGAAGAUUCUCAUGACUCUAAAUAAUGGUGCUAGAUUGGGUUAACUGGUUUAUUGGUUUACCUGUACUGCUUUGAUUUAUUUGUCCUUUUCGGUUACAGCUCUACGGUAUUGGUCAGAGCUGGUGGUUCUAAAAAUUUACAUAGUAAAAAAUUAUACAAAUAUAAAUGCAAUAGAAAUGCAAUAUAAAUACAAUAUAAAUAUAAAUAUAAAUAUCGUGGA